AUGGUCCGCGAGUACACCAAAGACACCACAGCCGACGAGCUCGUCAAAGACCUCGCCGGCGAAAUCGCCAACAAGGUGAUUCUCGUCACCGGCGUCUCCCAGGGCACCCUCGGCGGCAUCUUCCUCGAAUACAUCGCCAAAGCGAGUCCCGCCAGGCUCAUCCUCGCCGGCCGCACCCUGGCCAAGACCCAGCAGACGGCCGAUGCCCUCAAGGCGGCGCACCCGGACAUUGACGUUCGCACGCUGCAGAUCGAUCUCUCUUCGCUGGCUGCCGUGCGCGAGGCUGCCGCUACGGUGAACGCGUGGGAGGAUGUCCCUUAUAUUGACGUGUUGGUGAACAAUGCGGGCAUCAUGGCGGUUCCCCAUCAGGUGACUGUGGAUGGGUUCGAGAUGCAGUUUGGGAGCAACCAUCUGGGUCCGUUCCUGUUUACCAACCUCAUCAUUGACAAGAUUCUGGCUUCCACGUCUCGAAGGGUUGUCAACGUUUCUAGCAAUGGACAUCGACUCAACCCGAUUCGCUUCUUCGACUACAACUUCCGAGACGGCGAGACGUACAACAGAUGGCAGGCGUACGGCCAAUCCAAGACGGCCAACAUGCUCAUGGCCAUUUCGCUGGCCGAGAAGCUGGGCUCGCGUGGCCUCACGGCGUUUAGUCUCCAUCCGGGUGCCAUCAUGACGCAUCUCGGCGAGCACAUUGACUUUUCCGUCGAGUUUCCAGCUUUGGCUGCUGCGGAUAGGCUUCUUGGAAAUGCAGAGGGAUGGGCUACUGGGUUUGACUUCAAGACGCCGGACAGGGGCGUGGCGACGCACAUUUACGCGGCGUUUGAGCCCAGCCUCAAGGAAGUCAAUGGUGUAUACCUAGACGACGCGCAUAUUGCCGAUCCGUGGACGCAGACUGUCAAGCCGUGGGGCACGGACAAGGUCGAGGCUGAGCGUCUGUGGAAGUUGAGCGAGAAGCUCGUUGGGCAGGAAUUUUCUUACUAG